AUACCAUGUUUGUGUGGCAGCGCCCCAUGCUUGCUGUGCCGAUGCUGCCCUAGUGGAAACAACUCCACUGUUACCAGAUUGAUCUAUGCACUUUUCUUGCUUGUUGGAGUAUGUGUAGCUUGUGUAAUGUUAAUACCAGGGAUGGAAGAACAACUGAAUAAGAUUCCUGGGUUCUGUGAGAAUGAGAAAGGUGUUGUUCCUUGUAAUAUUUUGGUUGGCUACAAAGCUGUGUAUCGCUUGUGCUUUGGCUUGGCCAUGUUCUACCUUCUCCUCUCUUUACUAAUGAUCAAAGUGAAAAGCAGCAGCGAUCCUAGAGCCACUGUCCACAACGGAUUCUGGUUCUUUAAAUUUGCUACAGCAGUCGCAAUUAUUGUUGGUGCUUUCUUCAUUCCAGAAGGCACUUUUACAACUGUGUGGUUUUAUGUAGGCAUGGCAGGUGCCUUUUGUUUCAUCCUCAUACAACUAGUCUUGCUUAUUGACUUUGCCCAUUCUUGGAAUGAAUCAUGGGUUGAAAAGAUGGAAGAAGGGAACUCAAGAUGUUGGUAUGCAGCCCUAUUAUCAGCUACAGCUCUGAAUUAUUUGCUGUCUUUAGUUGCCAUCAUCUUAUUCUUUGUCUACUACACUCACCCAGCCGGUUGUUCAGAAAAUAAGGCAUUUAUCAGUGUCAACAUGUUGCUCUGCAUUGGUGCUUCCGUAAUGUCUAUACUGCCCAAGAUCCAAGAAUCACAACCAAGAUCUGGCUUGUUACAGUCUUCAGUAAUUACAGUCUACACAAUGUAUUUGACAUGGUCUGCUAUGACCAAUGAACCAGAAACAAAUUGCAAUCCAAGUCUACUAAGUAUUAUUGGCUUCAAUACCACAAGCCCUAUCCCAAAGGACGGGCAGUCUGUCCAGUGGUGGCAUCCCCAAGGAAUUAUAGGACUGGUUCUCUUCCUGCUGUGUGUGUUUUAUUCAAGCAUCCGUACUUCCAACAAUAGCCAGGUUAAUAAACUGACUCUAACAAGUGAUGAGUCAACACUGAUAGAAGAUGGGAAUGCCAGAAGUGAUGGAUCCCUAGAAGAUGGGGAUGAUGUUCACCGAGCUGUAGAUAAUGAGAGGGAUGGCGUCACUUACAGUUACUCCUUCUUUCACUUCAUGCUUUUCUUGGCUUCGCUUUAUAUCAUGAUGACCCUCACCAACUGGUACAGGUACGAGCCUUCUCGUGAGAUGAAGAGUCAGUGGACAGCAGUCUGGGUGAAAAUCUCUUCCAGCUGGAUUGGAAUUGUGCUGUAUGUUUGGACACUGGUGGCACCACUUGUUCUCACAAAUCGUGAUUUUGACUGAAUCGGACUUCUGGCAUGAAAGUCCCACUUUGGUCAUUGUUUAUUUGACAUUAGCAGUAUUCCCAAUUUUUGUAAAGUUGUAUGUGUGUUGUAUAACUGUUUAUCUCUUGCAUGAAUUAGAUUUACUCUGCCAUUUUUUCCACAUCCUUGCUAAGUGUAUUGAUGAUAUGAAUCGCAAAGGGAGAAUUUUGAAUAAGAUAGUAAAAUUAGGAAAGGUGGACACCGAUAGGCAUAUCAUCUACUCUGUACAUAGAAAAUUAAAGUGACAAGAAUUCUUGACAGUUGGUUUCAAAAUUGUGUUAGACCUUAUGCUAUUUUAGAAACAUAACUAUGGCUGCCUUUUGAAAUACUUGGUGUGUUGCCUUACAGAGAACUGCAAAGCAAAUAGCUGUUCUAAUAUUAUGUAAAUAAGUCACAAACUAGUUGUCUGAAAAAUGCAAGUCACUUUAGGUUUGUCAGGUUUUUCUCUUACUAGGUACAGAAUGUUCAUGUUCAAUGGAAAAGUUACAAUGUGGAGGGAGGCUAAGGAACAGACAAAAGCCUUCAUAGUAAGUGAAUACUCAUAGACCAUGAGAUUUAAGAUCUUAGAUCAUGACUUUCUCUCUAAGAAAGGGUGGCUUUCACCAACAAAAUGGACUUUGUUUGGUCUUUACAAACAUACAAUUAUGAAUUUCAUAGAGAUGUUAGCAGCUCUGAAACAUUUGUUCAAGGUUUUAAAAAGGAAAAUCAUGUGUUAGAAAAUUUUGAAGCUAAACAUUUGCAAAUCCAAACUGGGAACCCUCCAACAGGACAUGAAGUAUUAGGCUCUGGGUUAGGUACUUAAGAUCUAGUCCAGCUCUUACUUUAAAAACGGAAGUUGAAGCACAGGCUCAACUAGCUCAGAUAGCUAGUUAGUGGCAAAGUUGAGAAACUGUUUCCAAAACUAGCCAACAUUCAGACAUAAAAACUUUUGUAUCCAAAAUGCAUUAUUCACUUAAUAAAUCAUUAAUAGUAGAUAAUUUGUGUGAUAUGUAUUGCUGCUGUUCAGCAUGCUUUUUAUCCAAACAUGAAGUCCAGGAGUAUAAUGAACUUGUUAGAAUAGACUACUUACAUUGUAUUACACUAUACAUUUAAACAUUGCUUAAAAUGUUUGUAUUUACUGCCAUGUAGUUGAUAGUCAACUUGAUUUAGAUAAAAAUACUUAUUUAUGUGUAAAUCAGUAUUUAGUAAAGCUUAGUUUACAUUUGCUUCUUUAAAAAUAUUUAUUCUGCACAUGGAAUAUAACAAUUACCCUUAAUUUCCCAAACUUACUGUUAAUAUUGUGUUUCACAAUUUUGAAUGGCUGUUCUGUCUCUUAAAUAAAUGAAUUCAGAGAAAAUGUG